AAGUUUCCAAGCAGUAUGGUUUUCAGAGACGAUUAUGUCAUCAAACGGUCCUUAAUAGUACAUACAGUGAUACUGUAUGCAUGGAUUAUUCAUAAACAAACAAGGAUUCAGCAUUCUAAACAGGAAGAAGGAUACUUGCAGGCCAUUGCAAAGGACUAUACUUUGCUGGAAACAGUUCCACCUUUUGAACGCCCAUACAAAGAGCACAAAGUGUGUUUGAAAUGGAGCUUGGAAUAUACAUGGAGACUCCAGGCAAACAGAAUACCUCAGUGUCUGCUUGAGAAUGAUGCUGUUGAGAUCCUCAGUUUUCCAUAUGCAGCCAAUGGAGACAUGGCAGGAAUUGUGAAGAAGUUUCAGAAAUUUAAGAACAGAGAGCUUGAAGCAAUCAGAAAGUAUCAGACCGGAUAUCCAAUCUUUACUGUUUCAGUCUGGCUUUAUUUGCUCCAUUACUGCAAAACAUCUUUGUGUGGAAUACUGUACUUCAUUGAUUCUGAAGAAAUGUAUGGCACUCCUGCUGUCUUUCUAAAUGAAGAAGGUUAUGUUCACAUCCAGAUGCGCCUUAUUGAAGGAGAAGACAUUGCUGUGAAAACCGCCUUUAGCCUUCCGCUGAAGCACUGGUUUCGACUUGACCUCUCUGUUAAUGGAGGGCAGAUAGACAUAACCAGUAUUGGGAAGACUCUGAAUAAUCGUCGUCGUCAAACUUUUCAUUUUAGGGAGGAUUUCUGUUAUGAUGACACUUCUGGAUACUUUGUUCUUGGAGGCAGUGUAUAUUCAUCAGGAAUCGAAGGAUACUUUGGACCAGUGAAAUACUAUCGUCUUAAUGCACUUGAGACUGAAAGGAUUUCUAACCCUUUCUCCAAUAAAGAGAUUAUGGAAGCGGUUGAACUGUACUAUAACAAAUGUGCAGGUAUCCAUAGCAUGGCAUCUGAAUAUGGAUUCCUGCUUAAAAAAGAAGAGCAGAAGUGUCUUUAUGGAAACUAUUAUUUGGAAAUGAGCAACAAAUAUGGAGGGAACCUCAAGUGUGAUGCAUUUGUCUGGAGGGAGGAAUACCACGGCAUGUUCAAACAGCUGCAAGAGAUUGAUUUACAUUUGCCAGAAGAUUUAGCACCUGAAGGUCAAAAGGAUGCAGUGUUAGAAAUUGGCCACAGGAUCUUUGAGAAGGCUGCUCAAAAUCUAUCCAGGGCUGAUGGCCUACAUUAUAUAAGCUCAGUUGUCUUGUCCCUGAUGUCAUCCAGCUGUUGUGGAUAUCAUAGAGCUUCCUACGCUCUUGCUGUUAUCUUUGAAACAGGAUUGGGUGUUCCUGUAGACUCAGUUCAGGGCCUGCUGUAUAGUUUGGUUGCUGCUCAGGGCGCUGACAGGCUGGCUUUGCUCAGCCUUGGAUAUAAGCACUACCAAGGCAUUCAUGGUUACCCUCGAGAUCUGGAGAUGUCGUAUGCUUACUAUAGUGAUGUUGCUGUAAAGACACCACGUGAUCAUCAGCAUACUGCAAAAGGGAACCAGGCAUUUGUAGAAACAAUAAGGCUUAAAGAUGAUGAAUUAUUGAAAGAGCAAACCAAAGAAAAUGGUGACGUCUUCAUGUGGUUGAAACAAGAAGCAACAAGAGGAAAUGCAGCUGCACGGCAAAGGCUAGGGCAGAUGCUGUUCUGGGGCCAGCAAGGAGUGGAAAAAGAUCUGGAAGCAGCUGCGGAGUGGUACGCAAAGGGAGCUUUGGAAACUGAAGAUCCAGUAUCCAUAUAUGAUUAUUCUAUUGUGUUAUUCAAGGGUCAAGGUGUGAAAAAGAACAGAAGGCUUGCUCUACAUCUGAUGAGAAAAGCUGCUUCAAAGGGACUACCUCAAGCAGUGAAUGGCCUGGGCUGGUAUUAUCAUAACUUCAAGAGAGACUAUGCAAAAGCAGCCAAAUACUGGCUAAAAGCUGAAGCUAUGGGCAAUCCUGAUGCAUCUUUCAAUCUGGGUGCCCUGUAUUUAGAUGGAAUUUAUCCAGGAAUGACUGGUAGAAAUAAUACUAUUGCUGCCGACUAUUUCCGUAAAGCAGCAGAAACUGGCCAUAUGGAAGGGAUGUUACGGUGUUCUCUAUACUAUAUAACAGGAAAUUUGCCAAGUUUUCCCAGGGACCCAGAGAAGGCAGUGAUCUGGACAAAAUAUGUGGCAGAAAAAAAUGGGUACUUAGGCCAUGUCCUUCGAAAAGCACUCAAUGCUUAUCUAGAAAUGUCAUGGCAUGAAGCCCUGCUGCAUUACAUUCUGUCUGCAGAGACUGGGAUUGAAGUAUCGCAGACCAACCUGGCACAUCUCUGUGAAGAGAGACCAAAUGUGGCAAAAAGAUACUUGGCUACUGACUGUGUUUGGCGAUAUUAUAACUUAUCCAUUUCUCAAAACAAUGCUCCCUCAUUUGCUUUUUUAAAAGUGGGAGACUUCUACUACUAUGGAUAUCAGAACCAGUCCAAAGACUUGGCUAUGUCAGUACAGAUGUAUGCACAAGCUGCACUAGAUGGAGAUGCACAGGGGUUCUUUAAUUUGGCCCUUCUUCUGGAAGAAGGUUAUUCCAUUCCCAGUCAUAUUUUAGAGCAUCUAGAAAUUGACAGGACAGUCCAGUCCAGUAAUCUGACCCUCCUUCAGGAGCUUUAUGAAAGGUGUUGGAAUACUAGCAACCAAGAAUCAAUUAGUCCAUGCACAUUAGCUUUGCUUUAUCUGCAUGUGAGGAUUUUCUGGAAGUCUCUUUUGCAUUCUAGUCUGCUUUACUUCCUGGGUUCCUUAUUCAUCUCUGCUCUGGUUAUGCUUAUUGUGCAGUGUUUUCAGGUUCUAUUGGCUGUUCAUCCCAAUACAGCAUCAGUGCCUGAAGAAGCUCAAGCUGAACAUUCUUCGAGAGAAGAAAGUUCUAGUGAGACUAGAUUAGUAGAACAAGAAGAAUCGACUGUUACAAAUAAUUCGGAAGAGCGCAGCUCUUCUAGUAGCUGAGACAUUAUUUCCUCUAUAUGUUGAUGUCAUCGGAAGAGAAACA